AUGUCUCACGAAGACCCCUUUCUCGCCGCCCAAGCCGACAUCCUCAACCUCCUACAAACCUGCCGCAACUCGCUGCAAUCAUACCUCCGAAUCCGCGGCUCCGCCUCGUCCGCCAACUCCCCCGAACUAGUAGAAGCGCGCAAUGAUCUCGAAGACACGCUCACCGAUCUGAACGCCGACCUGCAAGACCUGGUGGAUAGCGUGAAAGCAGUGGAAGGAGAUCCAUACCGGUAUGGCAUCGACAUUGACGAGGUCAGUCGGAGGCGGAAACUGGUAGGCGAUGUCGGGGAGGAGAUUCAGGAGAUGAGGAGACGGGUGACGCAGACGGUAGAGGAGGCGGAGCGGAAGAGGAGUAAUUCGCUACGACAUCCGGACGACUUUGGCGACGAGGAUCCUUUGGGGGGAGGGAAUGAUGACGAUGACUAUGCGGAGUGGGAAGAGCAGCGGCAGGUGCAGAUUAUGCAUGAGCAGGAUGAGGCGUUGGAUGGGGUGUUCCAGACGGUGGGCAACCUGAGGGCGCAGGCGGAUACCAUGGGGAGGGAGUUGGAGGAGCAGGCUGAGCUGUUGGACGAUACAGAGAAUAUUGCGGAUCGCGUGGGAGGCAAACUGGCUCAGGGCAUGAAAGGGAUACGACAUGUGAUUGAGAAGAACGAGGACAAAUGGUCGAGCUGUUGCAUCACCAUGCUGAUCUUCGUCCUCAUUUUACUACUGGUUCUGGUGCUGGUGCUAUGA